GCAGCUUGGCAGAGAGAAGAAAAUGCAGUCGGUCGCAGUGUGUGUGUUGGUCCUCGCGGCUGGGGUGUCGGCUGUCCCGCCUGCAGGAGGUUUCGCGGCCUCGCCUUGGACUGACACCUCGAUGUGUUCCCCGACGGACCCCCCGGCGACGUGCCAGCUGAAGAAGGGCCAGUGCUUCCCCCUGAGCACAGUGUUCUCCCCCAAGGGCGGCCCCGUCAAGGCCAUCACCUCCUGCGCCAACGUCACCGGCACUGUCCUCGGCCCGCAGUUCUACACGAGCAUUGGCAUGGCAUUCGCCUCGGGCAACCCAGAGAGCAUGGCCGACAUGGUUUCUUCUGACCCCGAACAAGUCACUGUCAUGCGGUUCUGCUUCGUGAAUGCCACGGGUCUGCUGAACAGCGACUUGGUGACGCUAAACCGCAACACGUGCCCCGAGCCCGUCAACUACCAGCUCGCCGACUUCAUCUCCUGCUUGAAAGCUGCCUGCAUGGCGAACGUGGUCGUGCCUCCCACCAUGGGCGGAGGGCCGUUCAUGGGACCCUCAUCGAGCAUGGGGUCCUCGCCAUUCCCGAUGAAGUCACCUUACAUGGGGUCACCUUACAUGGGGUCCCCAUCGGGAUUUAAGCCAUUCUCUCCAUACAUGGGGUCACCAUUUGCCAUGAAGACUCCACCCGUAAUGGGGGCCAAACCUGCCAUGAAGCUCCACCCUAUGGGCCAACCCCAUAACUCACCUAUGGGCACCUCUGAUCCUCCCACCUCAACACAGGCUUAA